CAACUCCGACUGUCAUCGCAUCCAGCCCAGCGGCGGCGUUUCGCUUGUCAUCCGUCAGCAGAAAACAAAUUUUAACAAACAGAAAGUGACUCGGCAGGAUUUAAUUCGCAUUUAAAAUGUUCCGGAACCAGUACGACAGCGAUGUCACCGUGUGGAGUCCCCAGGGCCGGCUGCACCAGGUCGAGUAUGCGAUGGAGGCGGUCAAGCUGGGCUCGGCCACGGUGGGACUGAAGAACAAGGAGUACGCCGUGCUGAUUGCGCUGAAGCGAGCCUCGUCGGAACUUUCGUCCUAUCAGAAGAAGAUCAUUUCGAUCGAUGACCAUUUGGGCAUUUCGAUUGCCGGGAUUACGGCGGAUGCCCGCAUUUUGAGCCGUUACAUGCGCCAGGAGUGUCUGAACUACAAGUACUCGUACGAUGACAACUAUCCGGUGGGCCGUUUGAUUGCCAACGUCGGCAACAAGAUGCAGGUUUGCACCCAGCGGUACGAUCGCCGUCCGUACGGAGUGGGUCUGCUGGUGGCCGGUUACGACGACCAGGGACCGCACAUCUACCAGACGUGCCCGAGCGCCAACUUCUUCGACUGCAAGGCGAUGUCGAUUGGAUCGCGGUCGCAAAGUGCUCGAACCUACCUGGAGAAGCACCUGGCCCAGUUCCCGGACUGCACCAAGGAGGAGCUGAUCCGCCACGGCGUGCAGGCGCUGCAGGACACGCUGCCGAACGAGGUCGAGCUGAACAACAAGAACAUUUCGAUUGCCAUCGUGGGCAAGGGCGAAAAGUUCCACAUUCUGGAGGAGAACGAGAACGCCCAAUAUCUGACGAACAUUGUGCGCCGCGGCGGAGGAGGCGGUGGUGGCGCUGCUGCCCAGGCCGGAACUAGCGGCGGACAACCGCCAGCGGACGACGAUCAGCCGCAGCCCCCAAACGACCCGGCGGACCCGACCCCAGCCGUCGCGAUGGAGUCCUAAGCGGCGAGGACGAUGACGUCGUGGCCAUGGAUUACGAGCAUCAAUGCAAUCAACUGCGUGGUGCCGUUUUGGAUGGUCAUCGAUUCGUAAGAGGAGAGCGUUUACCGUGGGAUGGGGAAGCGAAAUUUGUACGGGUGGGAGUUUGAUUGAUCGUCAAACUCCCACCCCCACAAAAAAGCAGGCAAAUUUGUUGAAGGCACCACUGCCGGAGACCUUUCUUUCGAGGGACAUUUCUUUCAUUAAAUAUAAACACGCUUGAAUAAUUGCAA